AUGAAUAACGCAAACACCUAUUCUCCACUGUACAGCUCCUAUGAAAACAUUAACAUAUACAAACAGAAAAAGCAACUGGGGGAUGAAGAUUAUGACACAUCUACGGCCAACAUAUCGUGCGAUUCCAGGGGAAGGAUACUGAUAAAGGAUAUCGAAAAUGAUAAUAAAAACAUUCGAACAAGGAGCAACGGAAUGGCCAACACAACACAUGGUGUGAAAAUUACGAACAGACAUGAAAAGCGAGAAGUCAUUCCUGUUGUCCAUGUGAGGAAGAAAUCUCCAUUUUUUGUCUCAAAUAAUCACUAUGGAAAAAAUUCAAUUAAUGAUAAUAGCAUACCAACGAAGAAGUAUUUGCAUCCCAUUUCCGGGAUUCGAUAUGGAAAUGUUUUGAGGUCCAAGGACAGCAACAGCAUGAACGAUAUCCGACAUGGUUACAGAAAGGAUGGCACCUUGAACAGCAACGUCAAUUGUAGUGGCAGUUGCUCCGCCAACUACCCUGCGAACUACAUUGCAAGCACACGUGUAAAGGGUGACUCCUCUGCGAGAGGACCGCAUAACAUCCUCAAUUAUAGCCCCCAAACUAUAGCGAAAAACUUCUCCUCCUACCAAAUGUACGACGCGAAAGAAAACAGAAACAUAUUUAAUCAGUUUAACAAAAAUAUAUACGAGGACUACAACAGAAUAGUUCUAGAUGAGUACAACAGAAAGGUGCAAGAUCAUCGUAACGUAAAGUACCCAAAUGGGAAAUUUUCAUCAUAUGAUCAUAAGUACCACCCAGUUAGCCAUAGCCACAGCCCGAGCCAUAACGAUAACCAUAACCAUGCUUUUUCUUCGAAUGCUCGCGAACCAAUUAACUUUUACAGUAAUAAUAAUAUUAAGCUGAAAAGGUAUGUGCCGUAUGGUAACAGGGAUUUACAGAAUGGCAAUCACAUACAUAACGGUUCAUUCAUUUUAAGUACCGACGCACAGAAAUAUGCCACCCUACAUAUGUUAAAUCCCACACACAACACAAAAGAUGGGUCCAGAAAAAACGUUUUUAAAAUUUUUAACCGAAAAAAAGAACCCAAUAAUAAUUUAACUCCUUCUGUUAAUUCGUAUUACCAUCUUCCAAAUAUCCAAAAAGGACAAAGAAGAAGUUCAUCAUCCAUAAACAAAACAAACUUAAGUUCCACUUCCUUCAGAAGAAAAAUAAACAGCCAGAAAACGUCAAGUUGGAAAAGAGAACCAAAUAAUAACACCUUCAAUAGAAUUUACAAUUUCAUUUUUCCAUUCAGUCCUAAUAAGUCACGAAAUAGUUUUGAUUCCAAAUCAGAAGUGAAUAAAUUUGCCACCCCUCCAAGGGAUUCCUCACUUAAUGAACCCAACCCUAUAUGCCGUAAUGGUUACCUGAUGCAUAGUAACUCUAAUCAAAAUAGAGUGUUAAAUAUGGCAGGAUAUAACCUACCACGUGUACAUAACGAUAACAUCAUUCGUGAUUAUAGCAAAUGGAAUUAUAGUAGUAGCAGUGCCAAUGCCUUUCCGAACAUCAGUUUUGCUUCCGCCAACAAUGUAGAUCAUUUGAAGUACACCUCUCCUGCAUCUAUCUCAAAGAGCGGUAACGAAAUAGUGUCCCUACGCCGAGAUGAUCAGUUUGCUAAAAUAUAUUCUGCGCACACGGGAGCAGUGCCCAAUGGAAACCCGCGAAUCAGUGUCGUUUCGCAAAAGAAUGCCCAUCAGGACGACCGUCACAAGUACCACGAAAAGAUCGUCACCAAUAUUUAUCAGUUCACUGGUGGACUCGCAGCCAAACGGGACAAUCAUAAAGAUCGGGAGGGCCCAAAGAGGGCUCCACAAAGUGGGACGAAUAAUGGUGCUAAUAAUGGCGCUAAUAAUGGUUCUAAUAAUGGUGCUAAUAAUGGUGCUAAUAAUGGUGCUAAUAAUGGUGCUAAUAAUGGUGCUAAUAAUGGUGCUAAUAAUGGCGCCAAUCACUGUUCUAAUAAGGAUCCGCAAGGAAAAGGCCAAAGAAAGGCAACAUCGCCAGGAGGCGGCACGCCCAUGCAGGCCUCCCAUGUCGGCCAUGUUCUCCAUUUUGACCUAUCCAAGGACAGUGCAAAAAGCGGAGACCCCACAAUUAUGCCCCUCGACAGUAAGCAACAGCAGUGGGAAAAAAAUAGUGCAAUCGAAUUAGCCCCAAAUAAAAACGCAAUAAAUGAACAGAAUCAGCUGCGUUCAACGAAGGCCAUUCACCCGAACAGUCACUCGAACAUGGCAGCAAUUGUAAUGAACAACCCCCCCAAAGGAGAAUCGAUAAUGAAAACCGAUAACAAUGUGGCGCACACCACCAGUGAUACCACAGAAAAAAUAAACCAAGUGUUCAAGGAACAGAUUAAUAAUAUAUACAGAAAGUCUAUAGCGAGGGACAACAACUCCAUAAAAAUUGUAAGUGACCAUGAAAGGAAUAGCAGCAAGCAUAAUAUAUACAACUACAGCACAGUCAUACAAAACAACUUCAUUAACAGCUCAGAUAAAAUGUCCAAAAUUUUAGUAGGAAUAAAAAAUGAAAACGGAACGCACAACAAAAAUGAUACCAAUCUAGAUUUUGUGAAUGUAAACAAGUACAUAAAUAACAUAUUCAGAACGAGCAACAAUAAUUAUGAUCAUACAAGUAAUAAAGAAGGUGUACUUAUUGGCCAGUACGGACAGGGCAACAACACCUCGAAAAGCAAUCCUUUCGGCGAUAUGCACAUUAGAGAGAAUACCAAAUGUGGAAUGUCAAAUCAGGAUGCCUUUAAAACCUACCAGAAUUUCAAACCUAGUAACGACUACCUAAUGAACAACGCACAUCGCUUACGUGAACUUGAAAAAAAACAUGGAGUUAUAAGUAGCCCCAACUUAUGCGCAAAUGAUACCACCAGCGGUAUUAACGAGAACACGAAACAUUUAAUGAGGCAAUGCAUAUUGAAUAAAUUUCUCUAUGAGCAGAAAAAACAAGAAAACGAAACCAAUGGUAGGAAGAACAACAUUUCCAACACCAUGGACCAUUUUAUGUACAAGAAUGAAAAGGGAUUUGAAUCUCUGCCAUUGUCAAACGAUAAGGAGAACCCAAUUGUUAAACUGCUAAACAGGGGUAACCGAGAAGGACCAAACGUCGACGGUAAGAUAAAUCUAAUUGAUGGCAACGAACACAUCGUUAGUAUGCUGAAAAAAUUGCACAAUGUAAGAACCGAGGAUGACUUGGCAGAUAAGGUUAUAGGUAACAUGGAGCACAUAAAACUUUCCCACCUUUCCAGCUUAACAAAAAAUGAAAUAAAUAAAUUUAUCGUGGGUAAUAGCACUGAGAAUCAUAAUCAGUACAUAAAGUCCAUCGCCUCCAUGGAUAACAAUGCGUACGAGCCUCUAAAUGUUAAAGCGAACUGUUACGAACCCGCUUCCACGAAAAACCAUGCCAAUCGAGGGGUACAUCACAAGGAUGGAACCGAAGAUGCUGCCCCCCAAAGUGCAGACGAACAUAACAUAUCACUAAAAAAGGAGAGAAAAAAAAAAUCAGGAAAAAAAAAAAAAAGUCCAAAAAAUGUGCAUUACGAUAUUGAUGAAAUAUUGCAGCUAAAGUCCAAGGUCUACGAAGAAUUAAACACCUGCCUAAAAUGCAUUAACAGUUUAACCAAAAAUAAAAAAUUAUUUGAGCAAUUAAAAAAGUAUAAGAAUAAGCUUGAUAAGAAGGCCCAAAUGGGGGCUGACACCUCUGAGCCAAGUCGCUCGGACCAAGCGGAAUCCUACUAUACGAUGAAAAAUUCAUACAUCUCGUCCUUCCUCUGCAAUGAGAACACAAGCGCUGACUCGCAGGGACUUCACAGUGCCGCUGUCGUUGCUAGUGGAGACUGCGUAACCAGUGGUGACUAUGUGGCCAGCGCGAAGAACCUACCGAAGCUGCAGGCAGACAUGAGCAUUUCAAACAACACGGACAACAACGCCACGAUUAUCGCUCCCCCCAGUGAUGAGAAUAGCGAACUUAUAAAAAAGAUCAACCGAACCAAUUUUGCUGCCCUUCCCCUCGCAGUUGACAACAGUAAAAAUUUCACACCAAAUAAGGCAUGCCCGAAUCAGUCCCAAAAUAAGCAAAUCCGGGUGAAUGAUCCUGGAAGGAAAAAAGAUACAGUGCAUUUCAAUUUGUUCGAUAAAAACGUAUUCGAAAAGGAAGAAGAAGAAGAAAAAAAAAAAAAAAAAAAAAGACUCCUACGUGAAGACUGGAGAAAGCAGAUAUUCGCUGUACAAGGAAGAAUCCCCCAACGUGGGGAAGAGGAAGGCUCUCCUCGUUACACUAAAUUAUAA